CGGAAGUCGCGCGGGUGUACAGAAAAUCUAAGAAAGUGUAAACAAGAUCAGAUCAACAGAGCCGGACCUGUCGGUUACCCUGCUGUCUGCAUUCCGCAGAGGUUUGAAUACACCAUGGCAGACAGCGGGCGAGGGAGGCACGAGAACCCGGGAGAAAGCCCUAGCGCGAGCCCCGGGUCCGGGACUAAAAGGGUCCAACAGUCGCCGGGUUGUCGCGCCAAGUACCAAGUCAGCGCCCCUGGACACUGUUUCCGUAAAGUGACUUUGACCAAACCAACGUUCUGCCACCACUGCAGCGACUUUAUCUGGGGACUAGUAGGAUAUAUUUGCGAAGUAUGUAACUUCAUGUCCCAUGAGAAGUGUUUGAAGCUUGUGCGGACUGUGUGUUCCUGCCUGGCCAUGACUCUCGUGCGGGUUCCUGUAGCCCACUGCUUUGGGCCGGCUGGUCAGAAGAAGCGGUUCUGCUGUGUGUGUCGGAAGAACCUGGAGGGGACACCAGCCCUUCGCUGUGAGGUUUGUGAGCUACACGUGCACAGCGACUGCGCCCCGUUCAGCUGCAGUGACUGUCGUGUGUGCCACCAGGACGGUGGAGAGGACUGCGAAAUGUACCACCACCAUUGGCGGGAGGGCAAUAUGGCGUCAGGCGCACGGUGUGAGGUGUGUCGUCGCACCUGCAGUUCCUCCGAAGUCCUGGCCGGCAUGCGCUGUGAAUGGUGCGGACUCACGGCACACGCGUCCUGUUACAUAACCGUUCCUGUGGAGUGCAGUCUGGGUCGCCUGUGCCGUAUGACCCUUCACCCCAGCUGUGUGCGCCUCUGCUCACGCAACUUCAGCAAGAUGCACUGCUACCGCAUCUCGGAGCCCCUGCAGCAGGGCGAGCUGGACAACCUGGAUGACGUCGAUGUCCCGAGCCCAGCAGCACCAAAGGAGAACCAGUCUUCCACCUCGUCGGAUACCGGGAAGCAAACUCUCAAAGUAUUUGACGGAGAUGACGCUGUGAAGCGAAACCAGUUCCGGCUGGUCUCCAUACCUCGCGCUACCAAGAAGGAGGAAGUAGUGGAAGCGGCACUGAGGGCCUUCUACGUGGCCAAUGAGCUGCAGGAGUAUGUGCUCGUGCCGUACACGCCGCAGGGCCUGCUCACCGACGACAUCAUCAACCGCAACGGCGCACCCGACAACAAGGGCGUGUUUAAGGAUAGCUCACAGGAGGCGUGGCUUCUCCGAGCCAAGCCCCGGGAGACGGAGCAGCUGAAGGUCUAUGUUGGCUCGCUCAAGGUUGGUGUUACUUAUAUAUCCACCAGUGUUGGGAAAAGCAGUACAGUGGACUCUGUCAUUAAAGAAUUACUCACUCAGCUUAUCAAACAGGAUGAAAACCCUGCAGACUUUAACCUCGUGGAAGUUUUCAUGGGCAGCAAACAAGUCCAGCGUCAGGUCCUGGCUGGCCAGGACUUCCUGCUGGACAAACUGCGGGAGAUUCAGAAGAUCUCCCUGCGGCAGAUGAGCCAGACUCGCUUCUAUCUGCUGGCGAGCAGGAAUCGGGUGGUGCAGGUGGAGCUGCUCCUGUGCGGCCUCCCACCACAGCUGUGCGCGGAGGAGUACAGUUCCCUGCUGCAGCAGCACCUCGCCAUGAAGAGUCAUUUGGUGACCAUCACUCAUGUGUACUCUGAACAAGGUGCUGUGGCGUUGCAGAUCAGCUGUUUCGCAGAGGCAGAGCGUAUUUACAUGCUAGCCAAGGACACCUGCGUUAACGACAAGCAGCUCACUUCUCUCGUCAUACCCCAGAUCAUGCAAAGCAAGUUGCCCCAAGACUCAUCGCCCCUGCUGGUGUUCGUUAACCCUAAGAGCGGAGGCCUAAAAGGCAGAGAGAUCCUUUAUGGCUUCCGGAAGCUUCUCAACCCGCAUCAGGUGUUUGAGCUGAGGAGUGGUGGGCCACUGCCAGGCCUGCACACAUUCCGGGACGUGCCACAUUUCCGGAUCCUGGUGUGCGGAGGCGAUGGCACCGUGGGCUGGGUCCUGGGCAUGCUGGAGUCCGUCCGGCACAUGCUGGCCUGCCCCGAGCCGGCCAUCAGCAUCGUCCCCCUGGGCACAGGUAACGACCUAGCGCGUGUCCUGCGGUGGGGGACGGGCUACAGUGGUGAAGACCCCUACAACAUCCUGGUAUCGGUGGACGAGGCGGAGGAAGUGGAGAUGGACCGCUGGACCAUCCUAUUGGACGCUCAGGAGAUGACGGCAGACGGCCAGCACAACGGCUUCCUGGAACCUCCCAAGAUAGUGCACAUGAAUAACUACUUUGGCCUGGGCAUUGACGCUGAGCUCAGCCUAGACUUCCAUCACGCUCGGGAAGAAGAGCCAGGAAAAUUCAACAGCAGGUUCCACAACAAGGGUGUGUACGUGAAGGUGGGCCUGCAAAAGAUCAGCCACACGCGUAACCUGCACAAAGACCUGCGGCUGCAGGUGGACACGCAGGAAGUGGAGCUACCUAGCAUAGAGGGCCUCAUCCUGCUCAACAUCCCCAGCUGGGGCUCCGGUGCUGACCUGUGGGGGUCGGACAACGACUCGCGUUUUGGCAAACCCAGAAUAGAUGAUGGGAUGCUGGAGCUGGUGGGCGUGACCGGAGUGGUACACAUGGGUCAGGUCCAGAGUGGCCUGCGCUCGGGUAUUCGCAUCGCACAGGGCAGCUACAUUCGCAUCACGCUGACCAAGCCCAUCCCCGUGCAGGUGGACGGGGAGCCUUGGAUCCAGGGUCCCGGACAGGUCAUCAUCUCCGCCGCCGGACCCAAGGUGCGUAUGCUGAGAAAGUCCAAAGCCAAACAGAAGAAACAGUCUGGUAGUCUGAAAGACAGCAGAUCUGAAGCAGGGCUAAACUGAGAGCCCAGUACCAGGGGAGAAUGCAGACUGACACCAACGCUCCCAACACACACACACACACACACACAUACACACACACACACACACUCAUAUACACACACACACAC